AUGCAGCAUGAAAAUACAGAGCUGGCCUCCAUUUCCGCUAUCAGAGGGAUCGUUCCCCAUAACAUCACUAUAUCUCCAGAAGUACAGCAGCAGCUAGGACCAGGCUGCCAACAGUUUACUGUUGUGGCUCUCAAUGGGGUGACGGCUGUAGAUCGCUCCACUGUCCUGGAGCUGUGCUUGGUGGAGCCAGUGGAAGGACUCAUAGCGGACAUGGAAUUUGAGCAUGAGCAGUGUCCGGUCCAUGCCCUCUAUGUCAAUGUGUCUCUGGCUCGGGGGGCUCCAGUGCAACUGCAUUUUCUGGUGUCUGGAGCCAAUCACACCUUUUCUGAGAUGCAUGAGAUGCUGCAUGGAAGUCCACAAAUCAGUGAGCAAGUGAGAACUGCCAGAGCCAAUAAUCUAAAUAUCACAGUAGAUCCAGAGGUCCCAGUCAUCGGCACUACCAGCAUCAAGCUGUAUGUUGAUGGAUUAGUAGAUGACGACGCUAUCUGGAAAUGCCAUGAGGAUUGCCCCUGUCCCAGUGAAGUGAAACAUAGAGAUUAUGAGAUAUCCGAAGCUUGCCUACCACCAGUGUACAGUUUCUCUGUGUAUACUGUACAUACCAAGUCACAUGGUGUCACACAGUCUGGAACCAGAUGCAUCACUGUCAUUCCUAGAGAAAAUAUGAAGCUUUCUGUUACCUGUUCCAACUGCAGUCCAGUGAACAUCGCUGAGAGUGUUAAGCUACAGGUGCAGUGUGAAGGAUGUCAGAAAAUUGUUUGGUACAUUGAGAGCACAAAGGAUUUUACUGUAAAGGACACCAGUAGUAAUCACACAGUUGGAGAUCUCCAGGCGCUGGUUUCCAACCAGGUGUCUCAGCUGCAGCAACAAGGUCGACUCACUGGGGCAGCGCUGGCACAGAUGUUCCAGUCUGUGUCCGACAGACUGAAUGAUGCAUUACCAGAACUGAGGGAAGAGAUGUUGCAGAGUUUGAGUGCUGCCACGAGUUCCUUCCCCCCAAAGAAUCCAGCAGAGGUGCAGAUGAGUGCUAAUGUGGUUUCAGGCCUUACCACACAGGGUCAUGAGCUGACAGACACUGCUCAGUUACAGGCUAGUUAUCUGCUAACAAACCUCAGUAAGUCCUUGGUCUCCUUGACGCUUUCUGGCAAGGAGUUCUCUGAAAAGAUACUGCAAGCAUCCACGCCGAUUAUUGAUGCUGCCAGUAACAUCAUCAAAGUUUCUUCCAGUACUUCUAAGCAGAAUGAGAUCUCCAGUCAUUUACUAAACACUGUGGACAAUGUUCAGAGUGCCUUGUUGGCUGGGAAAAAGGUGAACCAGGAGCCCAUCAUACUCAGCUCUUCAGUUUUUGGUUUAUAUGUCAACAGAAUAUCAUUGGAUGAUCUUCAGAAACAGCCCUUUAACAUUCAGAAGAACAGCUCUGCCAGUUUUAUCCUCCCAUCUCUGGGCUCUGUUCUGUCUCCAGAUGAACCAGUAGAUGUACGGAUGACAAGUUUCAGGAUAAAUCCAUUUUCACGGCAUGAGGGCGAGCAUAUUAGUGGAUCAGUGGGGUCUCUAUCUCUCACCAAAAUGAAUGGCUCUGUGAUUACAGUGGCAAACCUCACUGAGGAGAUUGAGAUUCUUUUACCAAGGACAGAGGUGGCAGAAGUUAACCAAACUCUUCUGGAACUGGCAAUCUUCAGCACUGUCGUCAUUAAUGUGACUGCACCCAAUAUAUCUCUGGUUUUCAAGUUAGACCCUUCAGAGGAGACCCCUCUGCAGUUGCUCCUCGGUUUUCAGGACUACCCUAACGAUACAAAUUAUGAAGCUUGGAUCCAGCUACCUCAAGAUGGCGACUCUGAAGAGGAGAGGUACACUUGGGUGCUUAACCCUACGGAAAUGACAAUAGAAGUAGGCGUUUACUACCUUCUGGUGAGGCCUGUUGUUGGAGCAGGGGUGAAUUCGACAAACACCUCAGUUUUCAUCACAACCAUUGCUGCUCACUGUUUGUAUUGGGAUGAGACAAAGGCCAAUUGGAGUGGCGAUGGCUGUAGGGUUGGCCCUCGUACUACAACAUUGGUUACUCAAUGCCUAUGUACCCAUUUGACCUUUUUUGGAAGCUCUUUCUUCGUCAUGCCCAACGUUGUUGAUGUGUCCCGCACUGCUGAACUCUUUGCAACCUUCGUCAACAACCCAGUGGUGGUGUGUUUUGUAGGCGCCAUCAUCCUGGCUUACCUGUUGGUUGUGAUGUGGGCACGAAGAAAGGAUAUUCAGGAUGCAGUGAAGGUGAAGGUCACAGUACUUGAGGACAAUGAUCCCUUAGCUGAAUAUCGUUACUUGUUGAGUAUCAAUACAGGGCAUCGUCGUGGGGCCUCCACCUCUUCUCAGGUGACAGUGACUCUACAGGGCACAGAAGGAGAGAUUGAACCUCAUCAUUUGACUGACCCUGAAAAACCAGUGUUUGAAAGGGGAGGACUGGACAUGUUCUUGCUGACCACCCCCUUCUCACUGGGAGAGCUACAAAGUAUUAGGCUGUGGCAUGACAAUUCAGGACAGCAUCCUGCUUGGUAUGUUAAUAAGGUGAUGGUACAAGACCUGGAGACUGGGCAGAAGUGGCACUUCCUGUGCAACUCAUGGUUGUCCGUUGACUUGGGAGAAUAUACACUAGAUAAAGUUUUCCCUGUAGCAACAGAGAUGGACUUGAAAAGGUUUAGUAAUUUGUUCUUCAUGAAGACUGCAAAAGAUUUCCGUGAUGGUCACAUCUGGUUCUCUGUAAUCAGUCGUCCCCCAAGUAGCAAUUUUACUCGAGUACAGCGUGUCUCCUGCUGUUUUUCGCUGCUGCUCUGCACCAUGUUGACCAGUAUCAUGUUCUGGGGUAUCCCAUCAGACCCCUCAGAGCAGACCAUGGACCUGGGUCAGAUUGAGUUCACCUGGCAACAGGUCAUGAUUGGCAUCCAGAGUUCCAUUAUCAUGUUUCCUAUCAAUCUCCUCAUUGUGAGCAUCUUCAGAAAUGCUCGUCCAAGAGAACAAAAGUCUGAAUCAUCUUCAAAGCAACAGUCAAAGAUAGAUCCCAAAAAGCCAGGCAAAAUGGGGCGUGUAUCUCCGAAUCAGCCUCCACACAAUAAUCACAAGGAAAUCACACCUGACACUGUGAUAAAGGACAUCAAACGGAUAGCACAGUCACUCUAUAAGGUCAUGAGAAGACCUGUUCCAAGGACAGAACUGGACUCCACCAAAACAGAUAUCAACAAUCUGCUGUCACUGGUUGAAGAGAUAAUUCGUCAACACAAUCGAGUUGGAAGUGAGUUUUACACGGACUCUUCUAAAAAGAAGCAAACUCUCGCAGCUUCUCUGGAGUGUGUAAAUCUGAAAGAGAGCAGUUUUUGUGAGAACCCAGAGCAAAAUGGAAAACACAGUGUCUACAGCCAGUAUCUCUACAAACAACUGCAAAAUGUGGAGAGAGCGCUGAGACUGCUGGGGCCUUCAUCCUUCUCUAUGCCAAACAGCUACAACCAGGCUGUAUUGCAGGUCCAAGGCAUGAAGAACCUACUUGAACCUCAUGUCUCCUCCUGUUCUGUCAGUGGUCUACAUACCCGUAGCUCCAGCCCUACAGAGGGCAACAGUGGAGACAGCAGAAAGUGUAGUCAGAAAGGCUUGCCCUGGUGGUUUGUGUUCGUUGGUUGGUUUCUUGUUGUAUCCACCAGUGGUGUUUCAGCAUACUUCACUAUGAUGUAUGGGUUGACCUAUGGGAAGGAGCGUUCCAUCAGCUGGCUCAUCUCAAUGGUGGUGUCCUUCUUCGAAAGCCUCUUCAUCACCCAGCCUGUAAAAGUACUGGGCUUUGCAGUCUUCUUUGCUUUGGUACUCAAAACAGUUGAUCAAGAAGAUUAUGGAGAUGUUCCGAUUGAUGGACAUCUGUCCACAGAUGAUCCCGAUGCAAUCAGAAUUGCCAGAAGAGACAGCACAUGUAGUUUCUAUCAGCCUCCUCCUCCCACUGACAUAGAAAAGAUGAGAAACAACAUGAUCAAGGAGCAGAAAGUGUUUGCACUCAUCCGGGAGAUUCUCAUUUAUGUGGGAUUCCUUUGGAUGCUUCUCUUGGUUGCAUAUGGUCAGCGAGAUCCACAUGCAUACUACCUCACUCAGCAUAUCCGGCAGAGUUUCAGCAAUGGCAUUUCCGAGAGUAUGAACCACAAAGAUAUAUUAAAUUGGGCAAAAUCCUCCUUGCUCAGUAAUCUGGUUGGGCAAUAUCCAGGCUUCAUAACAGAUGGAAAUUCAAAACUUGUUGGCAACGCUCGAUUCCGCCAGGUUAGGGUAAGGAAAGACUCUUGUAAAAUUGUCAAGACCAUGCAGUACUCUGUUCCUGACUGCCAUGCCCCAUACUCCUGGGAAGCGGAGGACAUGGGCUCUUACGGUCCAGGGUGGAAUCGGACUAAAAAUGUGAAUGGUUCUAAGAUUGUACCCACACCUUGGCGCUACCAAACUCAGGCCAAACUCCGGGCAAACCCUGUUUGGGGUGGGCUGGCCCUUUAUAAGGGUGGAGGAUUUGUGGUGGAACUAGGCCCGGAUCAAAAGAAUGCAAGCAGUCUUCUUCAGUAUCUUUUUGACAACAUCUGGCUGGACGUGUAUACACGGGCUGUCUUUGUGGAGUUUACAGUUUAUAAUGCAAAUGUGAACCUCUUCUGCAUUGUGACUCUCAUUUUUGAGACCACGGGAGUGGGUGCAUUCCAAUACCGUAGUGAGGUGCAGACUGUCCAUCUUUAUCAGUCCACUGGUGGCUUUCACAUAUUUGUUAUGGCAUCAGAGGCCAUCUAUUUCCUCUUCAUUCUCUACUACAUGUUUGUGCAGGGCAAACUGAUGAAGCAGCAGAAAUGGGCAUAUUUCAGAAGCAAAUGGAAUCUCUUAGAGUUGGCCAUAAUCAUUCUAAGUUGGAGCGCAUUAUCUGUGUUUGUCAAGAGGACAAUAUUGGGUAACCGGGACAUUGAGUACUACCAAAACAACAAAGACAUGUUUGCCAGUUUUUAUGAGACUGCCACUGCAGAUGCUGUACUAGGCUAUCUGAUAGCUUUCUUAGUCCUGCUGGCCACCAUAAAGCUGUGGCAUCUGCUGAGACUCAACCCGAAGCUACACAUGAUCACCUCUACACUGCAACGGGCAUGGACAGAUAUCUCUGGCUUCAUUGUGGUCAUGACCAUCAUGUUUCUGGCCUAUUCCAUUGCUUGCAAUUUGAUGUACGGUUGGAGGCUCUACUCAUACAGAACUCUGCUUGAGGCUGCACAGACCAUUAUUUGUCUACAACUGGGUAUCUUUAACUAUGAUGAGGUUUUGGAUUACAAUCCAGUCCUGGGAGCUUUCCUGAUUGGAUCCUGCAUUAUCUUUAUGACAUUCGUAGUUCUCAACCUCUUUAUAUCUGUGAUUUUGGUGGCUUUCAAUGAAGAGCAACUUCAUCCCACUCCUUCUGAAGAAGAGGAGAUCGUAGACCUGAUGCUGAUGAAGAUCUGCAGUCUUCUUGGCAUCAAAUGCAAGAAAAAGCAAAUUGAUGCAGAUGCUUCUUUGACGACAGCUUCAGUCAUAUCAUAGAAAUGAUGCACGUCUUUAUAACCAUGUGACAGUCAAUGUAAGCUUUAUUGUAAAAUGCCUUUUGGUGUUUGGAUGCUUAGUAAUUGUUCUUGUACAUCUUAAAAAGCUUUUUCCCCCUGAUUUUUAUCUUGCAGAAUGUUUCCAUUAGCUCUGUUUGAAUGUUUGUCAGUGCUAUUAUUACAAAUAUUAAGCAUGAAAUAUGCAACUCCUCUGAAAGUUUUUGUCCUACUACAUUAUUGCAUUACAUCUAUCAAGACGUCAGCAUUUCUGAGUGGAUAACAGAUGAAAACAUCUUUUUUUUUCUUGUAGGGUAAUUUCAAAACACAACAUGCAGUAAAAUUACUAUCUGGGGAGUUAACAACUAAUUCAGGAAACACACUGUGCACGCGAGUAUUUAUCCAUAAAGGUAUCUGAAUCAUACAUGCCGUUUAUGGCCUGCAGCAUAAAGUUGCUGACAUGCACUAAAUGUCUGUGUUCUAGGAAAAUUUCACCCAUACCAACUGGCUCAGUCAAUCACCUCAAGGGCUUACAUUAAAAAAAGUAGCCUGUGAUUGUUUUUCAGGUCUCAACCACCUAUUGCUUAAGCAGGACAAUAAGCUCAUUCAAAUAACCAUGAAAAAUAAGGAACAAAAUGGCCUUUGUGUGCCCAGCCAUUAUUAAAUGUGUAGCAUGCAUGUACCAGCAAAAAGACCCAAAUCAGUCAGUCUUACAAAUUAUUGAUAAAGUUUAGAAUUUUCAUUGGGGUCUGGCAACAAACCUAUCGAAUUCAUCAGUAUGUGUCACAUAUUUUGGGAGUCUACAGCCUUCAAAACCAUAUGCAAAAUGGUUGUGAAAUUUGGUAUACUUGUGGGACAGGGCAUUACUGGUAGCAAUUUUGAAGUCUCUCAAACAUUCCAGCACCACUGACCGUUUUGGCUUCCAUUUCUGUUCAUAAUUAUUUGAACAGAGUGGCCUGGAAAUAUAUUCAGUGCACUUGGUUCCAAUUUUCACCCACACAUUUUCUGCCAUUUUGAACAUAAACCACGCAUUUUAAACACCCAUGAUGCAUCUGAGUUUCUCCACAUUUGGGUUGGAUAAUUUUGAUACUCCAAAUAAUUUCUGUAUAGCGCUGGGAUCCUCAUUCCUAAUGCUGGAGAGCCACUUUCCGAAAGUUCAGUUCUGCCGCUUCAUCAGUUUGUCUUGUUAAAUCCAGAUGAUAUUGCGCAUUAUGGCUUCACUGAUGCACCAUCCUAUUUCAGUGUUCCACGAAAGAGCUGACCUGCACAAAAAAAUUGUACAGCAGAUAAUGAAGAGGAAAUAGGUGGCCUCUGAUGCCAUAACGAAUACAUGAAAGCCAUCAUUGUACUGAUAACGAUGGACAGUCUGUACAUCACUAGAACUUAUCCUACAACUUUUAUUUUGAUUUUCUUCACAUUUGGGUCAGAUAACAUCUAUAGUUAUCAAAGCUUUUUGAUACACCAAAUAAUUUGUGUAACAAAGGGAUUCUCAUUUCUGAUCUUGAAGAGCUACUUUGAUACAGGAAUGGAAACCAGGAAGUGAGGCUAUAUUUUAAAGCUCUGGUGUACUUAAGUAAACAGGACCAUGACAACUGUAGAAUAAAUUGGCCUUAAAUCAUGUUGCUUAUCGCCAUAUAACCCCAGGUACAUGCAAAACAAUGCAUCACAUGUUCCAAACAAUUGCAUAAACUUUUUCACAGCUUUUUGCUAAUCCUACAAUAACUGUCCAAACUGCACAAAGUUUGCUCAGAUUAGGGGUUUUCAAACUGUUCAUGGAGCCUCCAAAGCACCGCACCUUUUGGAUGUCUCCUUUAUCGGACAUACCCAGUCAGAUCAUGGAGUGUUAAAUAAUGGAAACAUCCAAAAUGUCCAGGAAUAGUUCGAAAACUCCUGGAUCAGAUUCAGACAAAGUCAAAAACAUGACAAAUUUUUCCUUGUUAUUUUCAUGAAAGUUAAGCCAAUUCUUGGUAUGGACAAGACCAUGCCUUAAAGGAUUAGUUCACUUCUGAAUUAAAAUUUCCUCAAUUUCCUCACCCCCAU